CCUCGUCCCCCUCAUCCCAUACAAAAUGUAGGUACUGUAUGUGUGUUAUGUAACUGUGGCAGUAAAUCAUGGAUGGAUGGAUCAUUCUAUUUUAGAAGUGGCCAGAAGGUCGGUGGGAUCAUUGCCGACUGGUGUAACAAUUUCCUGAAAAAGCUGUUUCGUAAGUACAACUUUGUAGCAAGUUUUAAUUUAUCCAACUCUUCCCUUCUAUUCCUUUAUUUUUGGAUCUGAAGUCUUGUGAAGCUCUCGUCAGUAUCAAGCGAAUAUUAUCGAAGAAACUUAGCAGCUAGCUCAAGUAACAUCUACCUCUGUUGUUAUUGUUGUUAUUGUUGUCAUUGUUGAUCAUUCUUCGAUUACUUAUAUCUCAUACAACCCCAUUCACCUAUCAUAUACCCUCUCCUGCGUUAAGGCCGAGCCGAGUCGCAAUCAAGAUGGCGGUUCGGCCUGGUGAAGAAAACGUUGCGACCCUCUUCGGCGACGUUCAUUACUUUUACGGACCACCCGAAGCAAAACCACCGCACCAUCGCUUUGAUAAGGGCUCUUACGUCUAUCUUUUCGAGAAUGCGAAUGACCGGAGAGCACGUAUUGAAAUUGCCAACCAGCCGGGAACAGACGACCAAGAUGCUUUUGAUGGGUUCUUAGAUAGGACCCGGAUUCGGUAUUCUUACAAGCAAGAAUGCCUCGUAAAUAUCGUAAUCGAAGCCGCCCCCGGCGCGCCCAUAGACCCAAGCCAGUGGCAUCUUCCUACCUAUGACCCGCGAAAUGAGAACAAGUAUCACUACAAACUUCACUCGCUCGACAUCUACUUUUGGACUCACGGCGACGCCUUACAAUUUGUAAAUGGCGUGCGACGAGUCUUGCCUAUAUCUCAGGUAGAGGUCGCAGACGAGCCAGGCCCGCCGCCUCACCCGUAUGCUCAGCCUCAAGACACCAAUUCCUUGGUCCAGCGGCUAGAAAAUGUUGCCAUCUCAGAUCCUAAGUACACGAGCCCUAAGCCAGGGCCGCAAGGCAUACCUACUUUUGCGCCGCCACCAACCUCAGCAUCGGCAAACAGUGGUAAGAGUGGCUCACCCCACAGCUUUGCGCCGAUCCCGUACAACCCAGCGGCACCAGCUGCCGCGGAACAGAGAGUACACCGAGAAAAGACACCGCCUCCACCUGAGGAGGACGGCCAUGAUCCUCUUACUGCGGCCAUCGCCCGUGACCAUCAUGCCCCGGCGGUAUAUACCCCCGGGUACGGUGCCAUGAACUUUUCAGCUCCCCCAGGUACUCCUGGUGUUGUUGGCCCUCCUCAACAUAUACAUCCUGGUCUUGCGAGUCCCGGUCUUGCGAGCCCCGGCCUUAUGAGCCCAGGUCUUGUUAGUCCAGGUCUCCCUACUCCCGGCAUCACCAGUCCUGGGUUCCCGCCUUCUCAAUUCGGCCACUUGCAACGCUCAUCCACGAUGCCCGUCUCCGGCAUGGCUUCACCAGGUCUUGUUAGUCCGUACGGGGCCAAUUUCCCCGGAUCGCCAGGCUUUGCUCCACAAUCAACGCAAAGCCUACAGCACCACCCAACCCCUCCUCCUAUUCAGAGUCCCGGCCUGCCUCCGCCGCCACCCGGGGGCUAUUCGAAUUACACCUACGGGGGAGCGCCGCAGCCUGGGGGCGUAGACUACAAUAUCCACCAGCAGUUAUAUCGGCCCACGGAACAGGAGCACGCGCUUAAGCAUGGCGCGUACAAGCCCAAGCCGGAGGGCCACAGCAAGCUGGGCCAGAACGCGGAGAGGCUGGAGAAGGGCGUCACGGGGAUGCUGAAGAAGUUUGAGAAGAGAUUUGGUUAAGGGACUGCCUAGUGGGUAGACAUCUGUUACAGCUUACCUAUAGGUAGCUUACAGGUAUCUAGUAUACCUUCAUGUAAGUUAUGAAUCAUGUCACCUAGCAAUUUGGAUACCAUAUUCUAUUUCUAUAGUAUUUAAUAAAAGUUCAUGCAAUCAGAAA